AAUGUUGCCUAUACUAGCUGCUGAAGUAAAACAAGUUUAUGGUUUUUAUUUAAGUUUUUUUUUCUUUUUUAAGUAACAAAUUCGGCUAUGGUUUCACGUUUAGUCAACCACAAUAACCCUGUCUAAAGGUGGCGGUUUUACUAUGGUAAAUAUAGGCCUGGUAUUUAGGUGGAAACUGGAAUGAAUUUCAUAAUGGAAAUUCUUUCUUAGCAAAAUUAAAAUAAAUAAAAUGUUCAAAUAAUAUAUAAAAAUCAAUCAAUAAAAUAUCAGCUCAAAUGAUGAAUCAAAAGUUAAAUUCAAUUUAUUGGUGGGCGUGGUCGUCGUGUAGCUUCCGCCUGUCAAUCACUGAGAGAGCGCGCGUGAGUAAUGUCUCCCCUCAGACAGUUUUACUUUAGAUUUGUUAUAUCUAGUUUUAAGUGCUCAACUGACUGGUUUAACUCUGUUGUCCUGUGUUGAUUAAAUUAAUUUAAUUACUCUAUCGUCAUUUCAACAGAACCGAUAUUUCACGAUAUAUUCGAAUUGACAGGCCACGUCAAAGUAAGACCCAUUAAAAUUAUUAUUAUUAUUAUUAUUUUUUACAUAAUUCCGUUAAACUGAGGUGUGUAAAUGUGUACGUUACUUCUUCUUGAAACUGCACUCCAAUCGCGUGAAGAUUGUUCCACAACAAGAUUUAAUGGAUAUCCUCUAAAUUCUUAGCUUUUUGUUUAUUUUUUAAGCUAUUUUGAUGUGAUUUCAACAUGAAUUCCUGUGGUCAAACCCAACAAAGUGCCACUUUCAUGACUGUGGGGUAUAAGGCCAUUGAUUACAUCUCUGAGGUGAGUUCUUCCCGCCACUGAUCUAUAAUAGAGAACAUUGUAGAUUUUAUAGAUAAAUGGUUCCUUCACUGGUUCCAUUAAUGUAUUCUGAACAAUAUUUUUGAUUUUACAACAUUGAUAUGUUUUUGUUUCAAUAUAAAAUGACAUUAAAGGGUUAACGUUACUCUACAAAAUGAAAAUGUUGUCAUUAAUCACUCAACGUUAACCCCAUGUUAAUCUUAAAGUGACUUUUUAACAUUAUACAUGCACUUUAAUACAAAUGCAAAUAGUUGUACAAUUAUGCAUGCAUACAAAAUAAAACAGAAAAAAAAUGUGAUUAGAAGUAUACAAACUAGAAUAAGGGUACAACCCGAUAUAGAAAUAUCAGAGAAAUACUUUGUAAAUCUCUGAAACUUUUAAAUAUUGAGAUGUCAUCUGUUUCAGGCCUCCGUCAGACACAGAAUGAUGAUUGGCUUGUUAGAACUUCCAGUUCCAUUCCAGCUGGUCAGUAACGUCUACCCACACAACGGACACCUGCAGGACAAAGCUUAUAGAGCACCAUGGAAGAACAAAACAUCAGUUUGUACUCUACAAGUGACUGGGUCUGUAGUGGAUGAUUUGAAGGCCAGCACACAUUUCAGUGACUGUUUGGAGAGGUUUAAUGUGUUGCAGACAGGAAGAGGUCAAGAGGAAGUGGUUCCCAGCUCUAACCCUGCCUCUCAGUGCAGUAUUUCUACCACAGAAGCCCUCUGGCUCCUAGAUGGAGUUGAGAGCAGUACCACCAGAUCACCUUGGGAAGAGAGUUUUAGUCCAUGUUCACCAGAUACAUGCUGUGAUGAUCUUUCUCUGCCAGAGGAGGUGAUAUUCAGUGACCCUCUUCAGCAAUUUAAAGGCCACCUUCCUCCAUUUCAAAGGAUGCUUCAGAGGCUGAGCAUCAUGAUCGUCUCAGAUCCAGUUCACAACUCAUCUGUAAAUCUCUUAGAAGAGGUUAUUUUUAGACACUGUGCUUCAUAUGAUGCAAUGUUAGACAAGGUAACAGGUGCCACGUUUGCUUUAAAUACUACAGAAGAGUUCAAAAAAGAAGCAGUACUGAACGAAGAGUCUCUGAUGUUGCCUGUUGAAGUUCAUAUGGACUGCUUUCCUAGACGAGAGCCCAAUUAUUCCUUUGAACAAAUUCAGGAUUUUCUAAAUAUCACCCGUGAACCAAUAGAAGAAUGUUCCCCUUUAAAAGAUCUUCUCAAAGAAGUCUCCACUGCUGAUAAACACAUGGAGGAGUUGGAGGUCCUGGAAGCGCCUGAAAGCUGCUUUGCUAACAUCACCUUCAAGGAGCCACAAUCUCCAGUUGCUUUGAGGUCUUAUGCUGAGCUGGAAUUAGACCUGCUUCUUUCACCAUCUAGUCAUCCGCCGUGUCUACCAGACCUGUGUAUGUCCAGCAGACAUCUGUCAGCUGAGAGUCUGUCAUCAGUUUAUAAGCAGCAUUUCAUGUCAGACAGUGAUUGUGAAAAUAUGGAAAAAGCUGUUUGGAUGGCAGAGAAACAUCCCCAAUGUAUGGCUCGCCUUUUACUUGCUGAACCACAGGUAGCUAAGCCAUUGGUCCACAUUCAGUCACUGUCAGAGCUUCUCACACUCCUGAAGGUGGAGAUAGAACAGGUUGCAGAACCCAAAGACAGUAUGGGCAAGUUUCACCUCACUGGCAGUACAGUGAUGCGUCCUGAAAACGUCUUCAGAAAUCUCUCCAUCUAUACUGAGAAAAUGUCGACAGAAGACUGUAAGAGCGCUGUGAGAAAGCCACAUGUGGAUGAAACAUUCUCACCACUGUCCAUUGUGUUUAUAGAUGAGUUGCUGAGUAAGUGUGCUUCAAAUGCAGGCACCACUGCAGUUCACCUUUCCCAGAGUAAACCACUGCAGUCAGCUGUACCUACACAGGUGGAUAGAGGUACAACUGUGAAGUUCUUUAUAAUGGAGUCUCAAGACAGUUCUAAAGACAGUUCUACAAUUAACACAACCAGAGGAUACUGUAAAUCUGCAGAGAUAAAAGAACACAAGUCUAGUUCAGCAGAAAGAUGCUCGGGGAAUUCUUCCAUUAGUCUUUCAGAACAGCAACCCGUCAUCUCUAAAGUGAUUGAGAUGCCUAAGUCUUCUCCACUGAAGCCCAGUGUUAAAUAUAUUGAAGUGAUAUCCAAUAUACAAACACUUCCUAAGCAGUCAGAACAGAGAAGAGAAGAUAUGAUCUCUAAAUCAUCUCCAUUAUCAAACUGUUUUAGAGGCAGAAAGAGAAAUAAUUCUAUAGUCCUGUCUCAUGAAGACCUGAACCCUUUGUCAUCUUUUCUGACAUUAAGAACAAUGCAGAAAAAAUGUCCAAUGCAGAAACCUCAACGAUGCGAUCCAGAAGCUGCAGAGGUAAAUGUGAGCCAGAAUUCUACAGGAAAAGCCUUGCUAGAGAACAGAAUAAAAACAGUGAAUCACAUCUCAGAAACACAAAGCAAUGUUAUUGCCACUGAGACGUGCUUUCCCCGUGAAGAGAAACAAGAGUCCAUCAGCAAUACUGUAUAUGUCCAAGCCACAGAGUGUCAAAGAGAUGCAUAUAGGGAGCUGCAGGCAUUAGCUCUGCCCUCUCUGAGUAAAAUGCAGGAGCUGGGCAUCUCUGCUUUGAACAACAGAGACUUUGGUACUCUGUCUUCUGAGCUCACAAGAUUCCUCGUAAAGCAGCAAGAGAGGAUGCUUCGGACAGAACAGAAUGGGGAGAGUGUGCUCAAUGAAAUGACACUUCUACAUAUUCUGGUCACACUGAAGGAACAUGUUCUUCUCACAUGUGACCUCAGCACAGCCACUGAUUACCUGGCUAAUGUGAAGGAACCCUGUGCUCUGAGCUGUCUGGAUGAGCUGUUGAGAAAGUUUGAGGUGCUGCAGUAUCUGAGUCAGAAGAGACAAAAACCCAAUCCUAAACUUUUGGAGCUCCAGGAGCAAAUCAACACAUGGAUGAAUUCCAAUUCUAACCACAACUUUAAAGUUCUAGUUUUGACAGCGAACCGUGUCAACACAGAAUUGCUUGUAGCUCUCAACCAGGCCCAAGGGAACUCUGUGUCUGAAGUCAUUCCCAAUGAAGGAAAGAGUAAAGUUAAGAGCAGAGAAGUGAUGGACAGACUCUCCUGCAGAAGCUGUCUUGUUGUGUGCAGUCAGCAUGUUGGUCCUGACUUCCCUUGGCAGAGUUUCAGCAUGGUGUUUGAGCUUCAACCUGUGGGUCACUCACCCUUCGGCAGUGUGUGUUCAGAGAAAAACGUCAACUUUAUCUCCUUCUCCACUGCAGUGCCUGAAUCCAAUUUAUCAGAAGAAUCUAUUUCGGCAUCAUAUCUGGACACUAUUCCAUUUGUGUUGCUCGUCACUGAUGGUUUACUGAGACGCUUAAAGAUGCAACGCACACUGGAGACAAUGUACAAUAUGGUUCUGCUGGAGAGGAAACACUCUCCAUCUGCACUUCAGCUGGGUGGAACCCAUUAUGAUGUUAUCACUGUGGACGAGAACACCGCCAUCCUCAUCCAGGAGCUGAGUGAGUUGGACAUGAAGAUUGGAGUGGCAUCUGAGCUUGUUGUGAUGAGACUCACAGUCCUCUCCCUGCAGUUCAGCCGCUGCUGGGUCAUUCUGCACAGCACUGAGAACCACAGGGCACUGAUUUCCAGUAACAUCUAUAUCAACCUGCUUCAUGUCUACUCUGCAUCUGUGUUGUUUGGAAACAAGUCUGAGAAGUUUGAUGUCAAGGUGUUACUGGUGUGUGAGGAAGAAGAGAUAGCCAGCUACAUCUAUAAGAUCUCUUUACAUACGCUGAUGAACUCAGAGAGAGAUGGACUGAGCUGGUUGGAUAGAGACUGGCUCACUGUGCAGCCCACAGAGGCGGAGCGUUGCCUUCUGCAGUUCCCCUGCAUUAAUCCUCUGGCUGCUCAACUGAUGUUGAGAAGAGCUCCAUCACUGCAGUGGCUCCUGGGAGCUUCUUUCUCUGAGCUGCAGGAAAUGUUCCCACAGAUCCCUCACAAAGUCAUUAAGCUCUUCAGUGACAUCACAGCUGAGUCCAAUGUCAAAAAGAGUGAGGCUACACCCUACUCAAACAUAAACAGCCAAACUCACUCUCCCUUUUGGGAACAGGAUCCUGUUAAACCACAGAUACAGCAGGAGGAUAAGACGCCGCCUAGCCAGUUUACAGAGCUGAUUUCAGGUCAUAACAGCAUCAGUGGAGAGGAUACAGCUCAUUUUCACUCAUACAACACAUUAACACCAAGCCAGUUCAGUCGAGGUUCAAAUACAGCGAGUGUCUGGCAGCUACAGGGUGAAGGAUUCAUUCAAAACCCAGAUCUCAUGCCAGGCCGAGCUGCUCCACGAGGGUCUGCCCAUAUUCCCAUGGCUCCUCUGCCCACACCUGAAGUGCUGGGAGGCAGAAACACUGCGUGUGGAUUUAGCUCUAGAACGCACAGUCAGACUCACUGGAGCUCACCUGAGAAUGAUCUGCCCAACAAGACAGGAGAAGAGAGGAAGAGGCGAGGAGGAGGAGAUGUGCACAGUGUGCUUCCGCCCAGCAAGAGAGGAAGACUGCUAUGUGAGCGAGUUCCAGGCAGAAAUGAUGGACAGACCAGACUCAGAUUUUUCUGAAGAAGAAGUUUUGCUACUAGCUUGAGUGAUAUUUUAGAAUAUUUCUCACGCUCAUCUGUAGUUUCAGUUUUCAUGUAGAAUGUUACAUUAAUACAUUUCAAUCAUAUGUCCGUUAAAAUAUAUGUAUAUAAUUUAUAGUUAAUGCGUAAAAAGAAUGGUUUAUAAUAAAUGUAGAUAUUGUUCCAAUAAGUACAUAUUAAUGUUUAAACUAUCACCCUUUGUAUUUAUAUCAGUAUUUAUAUCAGAAUGACAGUUACAAUAAAAAAAAAGAAACAGUCAAAUCAAACAUUUCUUUUAAUAUAUUUCAAUCUAUCAAAAUAAACACACAUUUUGUUAGAUUGAAAUAUUUUUAUUAUUGUUUAUUCUUUUAGAGGGUAGCCACAGUUGCGAAAAUUAGCAAAUUUUGUUUUCCAAGACUUAUCAAUCUUGAACAUUGAACAUGUAUUUUUAAAUUAUGCUCAACUUUAAAAUAUU